GCUUCUAUCUGCCUUCAACUUCGAAAUUUCCAUGAUCUGAUCCUCGUUUUAAUUUAUUUUAAUUUGUCUGUGUGUGAUCUUCAUAGUGAUUAGAUGGUUUGAGGCAUUUACAAUGCAGUUCAAUCUCUUAGAUUUUCUUGAUUUUGCAAAGAUCUGAUAUGGUUGCUAUCUGUUGAAUUUCAUGCCCGAAUAUUUCCUGGCAGCACCUAAUUGCAGAGAAGAUGCCAUUAUGUGGUCGUCAAUCAGGGCUUGUCUUUUGCAGGACAACCUGCCGAACACGUCCUCAAUCAGUUUAGAAUUUCUAAUUGCAAAAGGCUAGACUUGCAGUCCAGCUGGUCACACGAGUAAUGGAAUGGAUGUUAUUUAGAGGAAAUUCUUUGACUUAUAUAAUUAUUGGUGGGGUCUUGGAUUUUUACUUCUUCGCUGGAGGGGCUUCACCGCUUUCUGUUGUGGAUCAGUACACUCAGUUGGUCGGUAGACCUGCACCUAUGCCCUCCUGGGCUCUUGAAAAUGAAGAAGAAUUAAUGGAGGCUAAGACAGAGAAUGAAGAAGAAUUGAUUGAGGCUGAGGCAGAGAAUAGAGCCAUGCGAAGCAGAUGGCGAAAUCCCAGGUAUUUGUACUUGUUUACCAUUGAAAACUUGGUAAAGAUGGAAGAGAAUUUUUUUCGGGUGCCGAUUAAUCUAUAUGCGAAAGCCAUGUCUGAACUUCAUGGAUUCAUGCACAGUGAUGAAUAUAAACAAAGAACAGAACAGCUUGAAGAAUUUAUUUACUUUGUUUCCUACCACCAUGUGUACUACUACUAUAGAGGAAAAACUAGUGAUGAUGAUGGUGGCAAAAAAGGAUAAUACUCGUGUUCCAUACUCGUCGAGAGAUGAUAUAUUACCAGGACUGAAGGAUAUACUGAGGACCAUUCCUAGACACAAUAUGCUGAAAUCUGCGAAGCAUCUUCAAUUCCUCGAGCACUGUGGUUUAGCAUCGUUACUAGCCAAAUUGCUCGAUACCUCUGAGAAUAAAGAGAUAGCUAAGGAAUGUGUUACACUCUUUCUGAUAGAUCCUAAAACCAGUUCUGGCUUCUUCUUUCCUAGGUCCAUUCAAAGUCGGUGUGCUCCUAUAAUUUUGAACUUUUGCGGAUUGUUUCGGCAUGCUACAGAUGACGACGAGCAACAGUUGUACGACUCUUGUCGUGAAACUCUUGUAUCAAUAUUAAAAUCCAUUGCAUUCGCUAAUAGAAAAAGAUACUUUGGUAUUGCAAGUACGUUGGAUCUUUGGCCUUUACAAGUUUGUAAAUGAGAUACUGGACACGAAGUUGCUGGGACGUUUGAAAUUCAUUUUUGAGUCACCAGCAUCCCUCUCAGCUUGCGAUUUAAGGAGUCUUAAGAGGGAUUUUCAAAAAAUUGCAUUGUUUUCGCUCCAUCUCCGCAGGGCAAUUGAGGAUCAUCUACCAGAGAAGGGUCUAUCGCUUCCGGUGAAUAUGGACGAUUUGGAGGAAGGGGCAAACCCGUGUUAUUUGGUUGAAAUCUCUCAGUUUCAUACUGAUUUUUCUUGUUUGCUGACAACGAUCGAGCUAGGCCUGCAUGGUUUGAAGGAAGCUAUUUGGGGUGCAGGAGGUAAGUUGAAAUUCAAUACAGGGUGGUCUCUCUUUCUUUUUAUUCUCAAGGAGUUGCAUAACAUAUCUAAACUUUAUGGGGAUGGAGAAGAUCGUCUCUCGACGACUUUUCGAGAGCACCCUCUUGCAAUAAAUUAUCUUAUCAGGCACUCAAAGAGGGGCGAUGAUCAUCUAUGGUUACUCAAAUAUGACAGUGCAAUAGAUUUCAAAUCAAGAAGACAUUUGAUGGUGAUGAUGUUCCCUGAGGUCAAGGAUGACAACGAGAAGUUGCACAAACUUCUCAUUAACAGGUCGCUUUUAUUCAAGGAAUCAUUUGAACUCAUUGGUCAUGUAAACCCCAAGUCCUUGCACAAUGGCAUUUUCGUGGAGUUCAAAGAUGAGGUAGCUACGGGUCAUGGUGUCCUGCGAGAGUGGCUUCUCUUGGUAUGCCAAGCACUCUUUAGUCCAGAAAAUUCCCUUUUUCAAGAAUGCCCAGAGGACCGCCGCAGAUUCUUUCCCAACCUUGCACAACUCAAACCUGAACAACUUGAUCUUUUUGGCUUCUGUGGUCGAGUUAUCGCAUUAGCCGUGUUGCAUAAGGUGCAAGUAGGCAUUGCAUUCGAUCGUGUAUUUUUCUUGCAAUUAGCAGGGGAGGAAAUAUCUUUGGAAGACGGUACGCAGAUCCAAUAAUGUACAGAAGUUGCAAAAAUAUUCUGGAGAUGGAUGCUGAUUUCGUUGAUUCAGAUGCUAUGGGGUUAACAUUUGUCAGGGAAAUUGAAGGGUUCGGAUCCAGGAAAACCGUGGACCUGUGCCCUGGAGGGAGCAACAUUGUUGUCAACAGUAACAACAGAGAACAAUAUGUACAUCUUCUUAUUCAGCAUAUCUUUGUCAAAUACAUCUCCGCAAAGGUUGCCUAUUUUGCUAGAGGUUUUGCUGAUAUGCUUUGUAAGAGAAGGCUGGGGAAAAGCUUUUUCCAAGCGACAGGUCUGAAAGGUUUUGAUUGUGCUUUACUUGGAGGUGAUAAUCCUAUUCUUUUAAAAGAUUGGAAAGCACACACCAUGUACGAAGGCUACAGAGAAAUGGAUGAACAAAUUUGCUGGUUCUGGAAGGUCGUAGAGGGUAUGUCCAUGGAGCAGCAGAGGCAACUUCUUUUCUUUUAGACCUCAGUGAAAUACCUGCCGGUAAAUGGUUUUUCUGGUUUGCCAUAUCUUCUGACAAUCUACAAGACAUUUGGUUCUGAUGAGCACCUGCCGUUGUCCCACACAUGCUUCUUCAGGUUGGCACUUCCACACUACCCAUCUCAAGUCAUCAUGCAACGGCGUCUCUCUUUUAUCUGCCAAAAGCAUGUAGCCUGUAGUUUUGGAUUUCUGUGAAACACCACCUGCUACUUUUUAACUCGAGUCUAACGCGCCAGACUCAAGUUCUGGUCUUCGUAAAAGGGAGUGGGGGUUCAAACCCCACUUCUGCGCUUAUAGUAAAAUUCUUUUUCAAAGGUAAUUUUGGAAGAAAAAAUUACCCGUGUUGCACGGCAGCUCGAGUCUUUUGUUUUAAAGAAAAAAUUAUCUCUGUUGCUUGACAACUCGAGUAUUUUUAAUCUAGCAAUAGACUUCUGACAUUCACCUAUUUUUAUUCAUGGUAACGUUAUCAAAGGU